GAUCAAGAGUCAGAAAAUCAAGAAAUAAUUAAUCAAGCAAAUGGUUAAAUACAUAAUAUUAUUGAUAAAUGAUUAGAUUGAGUUAUGAUUUUGAAUUAUACAAAUGGAAAACUUUUCAAGGGUUGAAAAGAUCGGUGAAGGAACAUACGGUGUUGUUUACAAAGCUAGAGACAGAAUAACUGGUAAAGAAAUUGCAUUGAAGAAAAUUAAACUUGAAAAUGAGCCAGAAGGAGUACCAUCGACUGCUCUACGUGAAAUCUCAGUACUGCGGGAGUUAAAGCAUCCAGCAGUUGUGCGCCUUCUCGAUGUUUUACUUGCAGAUACGAAACUUUUCCUGGUGUUUGAGUUUCUUCAUAUGGACCUAAAGCGGCUUAUGGAUUUAACUAAGGGGCCUCUUAAACUUGAUCUUGUCAAGAGUUACUUAAGGCAGCUGUUAGAGGGCAUAGCGUAUUGUCAUGCACACCGAGUGUUGCAUCGAGAUCUCAAGCCACAAAACUUGCUAGUAGACACAGAGGGACACAUCAAGUUAGCCGACUUCGGCUUGGCUCGUGCAUUCGGAAUUCCCGUUCGCGCCUACACGCACGAGGUCGUCACGCUGUGGUACCGCGCGCCGGAGAUCCUCCUCGGCGCCAAGUUUUAUUCAACUGCUGUUGAUGUUUGGAGUCUAGCAUGUAUAUAUGCAGAAAUGGCCAGCGGCGCGACGCUGUUCCCGGGCGACAGCGAGAUCGACCAGCUUUUCCGCGUGUUCCGCGCGCUGGGCACGCCGGGCGACGCGCUGUGGCCGGGAGCCCGCCUGCUGCCCGACUACCGCGCCGCCUUCCCGCGCUGGCCGGCGCGCGACGCCCGCUCGCUGCUGCCGCCCGCCGCGCGCGCCGACGCGCCCGGCGCCGCGCUGUUCGAGGCCAUGCUGCGCUACGAGCCCAGCGAGCGCGUGUCGGCGCGCGCGGCGCUGCUGCACCCGCACGUGGCGGCCGCGCGCCUCGUGGCGCCGCCGCUGCCCGCUGACGCCAGCGCCGCCGCCGGCGACUGCGACGAACUUUGACGAUGUGAUUUAUGAUAUGUACGAAUCGAAUUCGCUUCAGACUUUUGACCCAAUUUUUAUUAUUGGGCUCGCAGGCGGCGGCGUGAAUUUUAACAUGUAAAAUAUCAUCUUCAUUCUGAGACUGAACAGAUAUGUAUGUUGGAGCAAUAAAAUACCGAUACGGAAUCGAUAAAGACGUGAGAUAUUCAUUUAUUGCGUCAAUAGCGCAAUGGUUUACGGGCCGCCUAGCGAUGUAAAAAGUCGCAGGAUCGAUUCUGAGCCCUUGGGCUAUUGUCGUUCCCACUCCUAACACAAGUGAUAAGCUUAAAGGUAGGGGUAAAUGGGAAUAUUAGUAUCUCCUUAAUUAAUUGGGGACAUUUCUACUAUUCUUCAAAAUAUAAUAAAAUAAAAAACACACAUAUAGUGUGUAAUAAAUAUUCAUUUUUUUCCAUCAGACACGUACUGAAUGCUCAAAAUAAAGUUAUAACGGCAUUUCAAUUUUAACAUGUAAAUAAAAAUAUUUGUCUUACGAGACUGUCUCGUGAACAAGACAUUCGUAGAUAAUGUAUGGUGAAUAUCCCGUUUCAAAUAUUUAUACUUUUCUGGAGUCUUAAUGCUAUUUUUUGUGUAACUAGAUACUGUACAAAUAAUAGCAAUUAUAAU